GCCGCCUGAAGAGAAGAGACAGAUAUCACAAAUCGGAUUAUACUACAAGACGAGUCAAGGGGAUCACUGCAAUACACAAGGCCAAAAUGGAAAGGGAGGUGGUGCUUUGGGCCGUUGUACUUUUUCCAAAUGGCGGAGCUGCAACAGUUCUUGCCAGCUGGUUCAGUCUAAAGGAAGGUAAAUUGUUAUGGCCCCCAAAAAACAUGUAUUUGAAGGCCCUUAAAGAACACAUGACGGCCCAUAAAGGAUGGACCACAUAUGCGAAUGUCCGGCUCUUGAUUACUUGUGACUCAUUGGAAAAGGCCAAACGAUACGAAGAAAAGUAUGUGAAUACUGGAUGUCCAACCACUGAUCUGAGCUCUGAGGACGAAGCAGGUGCACGUGGGAAAAGAAGAGUAAGACCAAAUCCUGUGUACAUGGAGUCAGAUGGGGAGUCAGAAACCAGCUGUGUGAAGAGAAGAUUUGCCAAGCCACCUGAUGUUCAUUGUCCUACAGUGCUCCCAGAAUCCAGCCAGUACCCCUCAGGACCAACCCCAAAUGCAAGCAGUGCCUCUGGAGGAAGCCACUCGGAGGAUGUUCUGUCAAUUCACCAGGCUGACAAUGGCUUUUGUGGAAGCUAUUUGGCGGAGUUGGACCAGGACCACUGUAAUGAUGUAAGAUUGCCAACAUAUAACUCCAGCCCCUACCACGCUAUGCCAUUAGAGAAAGCAAGGAAUGACGGCGGUGCCAGCUAUGCACAUGGCUCAAGAUUAGCUGACUUCAGCGCACUGGGCUUGGCUCACCUGACCCCGCAGCACCCAUCCCACCCCCUUCAGCUCCAGAAACACCACGGGGGAGAUUAUAUGGAGAGGAAUCAAGCAGAGUGUUGA